AUGACGUCACGUGCGUCGCAUGGCGUCAGCGGCGGUGGCGGACGGCCGAGAGCUGGACGGUAUGAGCUAGGUAGGACGCUAGGAGAAGGUAAUUUUGCCAAGGUGAAGUUUGCGAGGAACGUUGAAACUGGAGAACAUGUAGCUAUCAAAAUUCUUGAUAAGGAGAAAAUUCUCAAGCAUAAAAUGAUUCGUCAGAUAAAACAAGAAAUAUCAACAAUGAAACUGAUUAGACACCCAAAUGUUAUUCGCAUGCAUGAGGUGAUAGCCAACAAAUCAAAGAUAUUCAUUGUAAUGGAAAUUGUGACUGGUGGGGAGCUGUUCGACAAAAUUGCACGGAGUGGAAGGUUGAAAGAAGAUGAAGCAAGAAAAUACUUUCAGCAGCUUAUAUGUGCUGUGGAUUACUGUCAUAGUAGAGGUGUUUGCCACAGAGACCUAAAGCCUGAGAAUUUGUUACUGGAUGCUAAUGGAGUGCUUAAAGUAUCGGAUUUUGGAUUGAGUGCAUUGCCUCAACAAGUUCGGGAAGAUGGGCUACUUCAUACAACAUGCGGUACACCAAAUUAUGUUGCUCCAGAGGUGAUUGACAACAAAGGGUAUGAUGGUGCAAAGGCAGAUCUCUGGUCAUGUGGUGUUAUUCUUUUUGUUUUAAUGGCUGGCUAUUUGCCCUUUGAAGAAGACAAUCUUAUGGCUUUAUAUAAAAAGAUUUUUAAGGCUGACUUCGCCUGUCCUCCAUGGUUCUCUUCAAGUGCAAAGAAACUAAUCAAGAGAAUCCUUGAUCCCAAUCCCCGCACCCGGAUUACAAUUGCUGAUGUAAUUGAAAAUGAGUGGUUCAAGAAGGGAUAUGCGCCUCCUGUGUUUGAACAGGCUAAUGUUAGUCUUGAUGAUGUAAAUUUUAUUUUCAAUGGUUCUAUGGAUUCAGAUAAUAGUGUUGUUGAGAGGCAUGAAGAGGGGCCAGUUGCACCUGUGACCAUGAAUGCAUUUGAACUUAUUUCUAAAUCUCAGGGCCUCAACCUUAGUAGUCUUUUCGAGAAGCAAAUGGGACUUGUUAAAAGGGAAACAAGAUUCACAUCCAAAUGUUCAGCGAAUGAGAUAAUUUCAAAAAUUGAGGCAGCGGCAGGACCUCUGGGGUUUGAUGUCAAGAAGAACAACUGCAAGUUAAGGAUUCACGGGGAAAAGACUGGACGGAAAGGUCAUCUAUCUGUAGCCACAGAGAUUUUGGAGGUGGCCCCUUCAAUUUACAUGGUUGAGAUGCGAAAGUUUGAAGGAGAUACUCUGGAAUUUCACAAGUUCUACAAAAAUAUAUCAACUGGACUGAAGGAUAUCGUUUGGAAAGCCGAUCCUAUUGCUGAAGAAAUAGACACCGGUGGCAGUAGUAAAUCAAAAUAA